AUGCCUACUGGUUCUUCUUCUUCUACAAUGGAUGCAGUUGCAGCUGCCGAGAAGAUGAGCAGGGCUGGAGGGAAAAAGCAGCAGCGGGAGUCUGGUUCUUCCUUUUGGGGUGCCAUGGCGUUGAAAAACAGAAGCCAGCCCAAAGGAGGGGACGCAGUUGAGAGCAAGAACAGCAGCAGCAAGAGCAAGACAACCACGACGACGCCGAGGAGUAUCAGCAUUGGCAGGAGCAUUACCUGCGCAGGGUCAAUCUGCGGCACGAAGGAGAGCGCAGUGCUGAGCAGAGGAAGCCGCCGGGGCAGCGGCAGCGGCCCGGACCGCAACAACUCCAGCAGCCGGUCCCUCAAGGCUCCGGACAAUGACACCUUGGCGGCAUCCAGCGCGGUCGUGUCCGCGUCGUCGUCCUUCAACUCGGAGACCACGGUAGCGACGACGGCGACCACCGUCAGCUCCUCCUCUUCCUCCUCGUCGCCGCUCUCGUCCAUCGGGGCCGGCUCCAGGUCCUUCAGGAAGCUCGCUGGCUGCUACUACGAGUGCCACUCUGUGGUCGACCCCGGGGCAAGCCACGUCGGCGACGCCGCAAUGGCCAUGCUCCCCUGCGCCGACUGCGACGAGUUCUUCGUCAAAGCUGAGUCCCUCGAGCUCCAUAGAUCAACCCGUCAUGCAGUUUCGGAGCUGGCCGCCGACGACACAAGCAGGAACGUGGUGGAGAUCAUCUUCCAGUCGAGCUGGUUCGUCAGGAAGCCGCGCGCGACGCCGCUUUGCCGGAUCCAGAGGAUACUCAAGGUGCAAAACUCCGGCAAGACCGUGGAGAGGUUCGAGCAGUACAGGGAGCGCGUCAAGGCGAGUGCGGCGGCGAGCAGCGCCGACGUGCUGGCCAGGAGCAGCUACCCGAGGUGCGCCGCCGACGGCAACGAGCUCCUCCGGUUCUACUGCACCACCUUCAACGGAUGCUCCCUCGGCCUCGCCGGAUCCACAGUCCUCUGCCGGUCGCCGUCGCAGUGCAAGCUGUGCAGCACAAUCAGAGACGGGUUCAGGGUCGAUGGCGAUGGGAAGAUUGCGACGAUGGCGACAAGCGGGCGGGCACAUGACACAGCUCGGGUGUCUCUGUUGGACGGUGGCGGCGCUGAGAAGUGGGCGAUGCUGGUGUGCAGGGUGGUGGCAGGGAGGGUGAAGAAGGUCGUCAGUGGCAGUAAUUCAUCAGAUGAGUUUGGCUGUGAUAGUGUCAGUUCCAGCUCAGAUUUGGAUGAAAUGUUUGUGUUCAAUUCCCGGGCAAUACUGCCUUGCUUUGUAGUGAUCUAUACAGUGGCUACUGAAUCAUAA